AGAAAAUUUGAAAAUCCUACAACCUGUAGAAAUUGUCAAAAAUCUUGUCUUCCAAUUAUUCUUUGGAAAAAACGUAUAAAAAGAAGCACUACACCAAUGGCUUAUGUACUAACCUUACAGACUCAUGUUGAAUCUCGAGGGGAACAGAAAAAAGUCCAAGAUAUCAAAAAUUUUGAGAUGAAUGUUAGAAAGAAGAUUUUACCAGUUAUUUGUUUAAUGUCUGCUUAUAUUCAUUGGAUCAAACCACGGUUGCUUUCAACAUCUGCGUCUAAAAGUGGGAAAUCUCUGCUUUUACAUCUUUGUGCCCGUUCUCGGUUUCUCAUUCCUAUGAUAGUUUUUACUGCAUUUUGGAUAUUUGAUGCACAAAUGCAAAUUGAAGCCACAGUUAGUUUAACAUUAAGUCGUAAUGUACGUAUAACACUUGGGCCAGAUGUUGCACAGGCUGAACUAGAUGAUGACAAUAAUGACCCUGGUAAUGAUAGUGAUGAGACAUACUCAGUUGACUCAUUUUCUGAUGAUUACUCAUCUACAUCAGAUCUAAGUAUGCUUGCUUUAGAUGAUUUAGAAUCUGCUCUACAAGAAUUUGUUCAAAGUGAUACUAUUCAAAGGAUCUCUAAUGGAAAUGCUAAUAAUGAUUCAUAAUAUCAAUAAGUGAAGUCAUAUUGGACAAGAAGCAUUACUUUAAUUUUUAAUAUGUUUUCUCUUUAAAUAAUAGAAUGUUAUGUAUUGGAAAACAAAAUUUUCUCAUUUUUUUUAAAGGUAAACAUUUAUACUUAAUAAUAUUAAGUAUUUUUUUCAUUUAUAUUAGACUGUGAUUACUGUAAACAUUAUUUAUGAAUACAUGUAUAUAACUUUUUUAA